AUGCCGGUGCAAAGGCGGAAUGGCGAAAGCAAGAUGGAAUCGAGACGGCUAGAGACAAAGCGUUUCGGCGGAGUGACUCGAGACGGUGGGAAACGGAAGGACGAGUGUAGUUAUUACGUCCGGUAUACAAAUUUCCCGGGGCUUACGGUCUUUACGAUCAUCCCGUCGAACAGAUUUUCCGGCGCUUCCCUCCGGCCGGUGCUCAGAGCCAUCGAAUUCGCGUUAACAGUCGUCUCGUCUUGCCAGUGGCCUUUUUCGUAUUUCACGUCUUCUCAAAUUAUACCGCGCCGGACCACGGACGUCGGUCGGAACCGAUUCUGGAGCCGUGGCUUCGGCAAUUAUCGCUCAAAGACUACCGAUUAUCUGUGA